GCGCGGGAGUUAGCGGGUCUCGUUGUGGCCGGGAUGGAGGCAGGGCCGCCCUCGGCUGGCGGGUUCCCCCUGGGCAGAGCCCUCUCCUGCACCCCGCGCCCGGCCUGCCCGCAGCGCUCGGGCUCCCUGGAGCUCGGGGGCGGCUGCAGGGCACCGGUGCAGGUGCGGGUGCUGGUGAUCAACACGGGCGGCACCAUCGGGAUGGUGGAGGAGGAAAAAGGACUUGCUCCUGAACCUAAUAGGUUAGUAAAGGCUCUGAAAAAAAUGCCGAUGCUGCAUGAUGAGGUAUAUGCGAAAGAAAACAAACACUGUGAUUGCUUCAAGUUUCCUGAUAACACCUUGGUGCUUCCCCUCUCUGAACAAAAGAAAAGAAUUGUUUAUACAAUUCUGGAACUUUCACCACUGCUUGAUUCUUCCAACAUGACGACAGAUGAUUGGGCUAAAAUUGCCAGGAAUAUUCAGAAAUAUUAUGAACAAUACGAUGGUUUUGUGAUCCUUCAUGGCACGGACACAAUGGCAUAUACUGCUUCGGCUUUAUCCUUCAUGUGUGAGAACCUGGGUAAAACCAUUGUUCUGACAGGAUCUCAGGUGCCUAUAUAUGAAUUGCGGAAUGAUGGUCGAGCUAACCUACUAGGGGCACUGCUGAUCGCUGGACAGUUUGUAAUUCCUGAGGUGUGCCUGUAUUUUUAUCAUAAACUGUACAGGGGAAAUAGGGUGACUAAGGUGGAUGCUGGGAGUUUCAAUGCGUUUUCCUCACCUAACCUGCCUCCACUUGCAAAUGCUGAGGUUGAUAUUACAGUUAAUUGGGAAACAGUGUGGAGAGCUAACACCACAAAGAAGUUUAAGGUCCACACUAACAUGAACAGGAAUGUUGGGCUGCUGCGAAUCUUCCCAGGAAUUAAUGCUGCCACUGUGAAGGCAUUUCUUCAGCCUCCAAUGGAGGGCAUUGUACUUGAAACUUACGGAACUGGUAAUGCACCAAAUAAUCGACAAGAUUUGCUAGACGAACUGAAGAAAGCAACAGAUCGAAAAGUAGUGAUUCUGAAUUGUACCCAGUGCUUACGAGGGAGUGUUGCUGCAGUCUAUGCAACUGGACAGACUCUCACUGCUGUAGGAGUAAUACCAGGGGGUGAUAUGACACCAGAAGCAGCCCUAGCUAAACUCUCAUACACACUGAGCAAAAGCCAUCUUAGCUGGGAGGAGAAGAAAGAGAUGCUGAGUGAGAAUCUGAGAGGAGAAAUGACUGUAGUACCCACAGGAGCCAAGAUCUCUCUUACAGAUAGCAAGUUUAUUCAAGUUAUUGCCAAAUCUCUAAGUGUCAGCUGCAAGGAGGAGCUGGAAGCCAUUAGAGAUGCAUUAAUUCCUUCUUUGGCCUGUGCUGCAGCUAGAACAGGUGACACAGAUGCACUAAAAGCCAUAGGAGAAAUGGGUGGAAACUUGAGCUGUGAAGAUUAUGAUGGUCGAACUCCACUUCAUAUUGCAUCAAGUGAAGGAAAUUUACAACUAGUUGAGUAUUUACUGAAGUAUGGAACAACUGUUUACGCUAAAGACAUGUUUGGUGCUACCCCACUGAAGUAUGCAGUCCAAUUCAGGCACAUAGAAGUGAUUCAGUUACUGCGUGAAACUGGAGCUCACCUUUCCAGCCAAGAGCUAGAGAACAUAGGAACAGAACUUUGCAGCCUUGCUGCUAAUGGCGAUGUGGAAGGGUUGUAUGCCUGGUAUCUAGCUGGUGUAAACCUGGAACAAACUGGGUAUGAUGGCAGAACUCCCUUACAAAUAGCAGCGGCUACAGGGCAUGUGGAGUUCCUAGACUUUCUUAAUCAACUGAAGAUAAAGCAGGUUAUGGAAAAUGAACAUUCCUGGAAAAAAGCCAAUUUUGAACAAUUAAACAAUACCGGGCAAUAAUUUAAAAAAAGAAUUAAAAAAGGAAGGUGGAGAUGAUCGCAAUUGCUACUAGAGUAUAUUGGGAACCUAGAAUUAAUUUAGAAAUAUAUUUACUUUUUUCUUAUCUUUUAAGAU